AUGGCAGAAAAAUCAAAUGUUCCUACGUCGGUUGAUGUCGUCAUUGUUGGAAAUGGACCAUCUGCCAUGAUACUUUCCUAUAUCCUCCACGGCCAUAUUCCAUUCUACAACCCGGAGAAACCCCAUCCGGAUCCCCUACUCCAUGCAAAGCUAAAGGACAACCCGCAGCUCCUCCACCUAGACAUUGGUCAUUUGACAACCCAUUUCGGCGCAUCUAGGUUCCCAUAUUCCACCCAAGCUCUUCCUGUUAACGUUCUUCUUGACGCUCUGAUUCGGCCGAAUGGAGACGAUGAUGAGGGGACAGAAACAAGUGUCCGAUGGCGGUACAUGCCAGAAAGGGCCGCCUCCCAUAUUAUUUUUGGGUCUGCAGUUCAUCCUGGAGGACAAUGGACAGAGUGUCCAGACGGGACAGCCCCAAACAUCCAAACGUUAAGUUACGCUGGUAUGCUCUCAUUACCUGGAUAUAGCUUUGCUGAGCACCAUCAACGCGUCCACGCCUGUCCUUUACCACCGUUCACAAGGCCACCGAGGGAGGCGGUAGCGGAGUAUCUUGCCGCUUACGCUACAUUCGUAGGGAUAUCCGAAUCAAUUCGAUGCAGCCAGCAAAUCAGUGGAGUAGUUCGCACUGAGAAUGGUUUCUAUAUCAGGUCACAUAAUAUCACUUGCAACAAGUUGAUCCUGGCAUCGGGAGUUUUCACGGAGCGUAUUCCCCCGCGACCAUUGUUGUUGCCCUUGUUAAAAUUACCGCCUCCAACGACGGCGAUGCAACCACGACGUGCCCCACUCUUAAUCAUCGGAUCUGGGUUUUCAGCAGCGGACGUCAUUAUUUCUUCUCAUCCAGAUCAAACAAUAAUCCAUGUUUUCAAAUGGAAACCAGAGACCAAUCCGUCACCUUUGAAAAGUUGUCACCAGCAAGAAUACCCCGAGUAUGCCACUAUUUAUCGCCUCAUGAAACGGGCCUUCGCUCAAUCAAAGCAGAGUAACGGGACAAGUCGCCCAAAACGGCCUUGUGGACAUUCGAUUCCUUUUCUGGAAAGUAGAAAUUGGACCGAUAACUAUGAGGGUAUUCCCAACACCGUUGUCACAGAUGUUGUGUUGGAUAAUGAGACAGCACUAGUCACAUUUCGACGAGAGGAUGGGACCACCUUCUCUCGCGAAGUAAGUGGACUAGCAUAUGUGGUUGGCCGAAGGAGCUCCCUGAACUAUCUAAGCAAACCCCUGCUAGCUGAAAUAUUCGACAAUGAAACGCCGGCAGACGAUUUCAGAUGGGUUUCGAGGCAAACAAUGCGCGCUCGGGCCCUAGAAGGCUUAGAAGUCACGAAGGAUGUCUUCAUAAUUGGCAGUUUGACUGGGGACUCGUUGAUCAGAUUUGCUUAUGGGGGUUGCAUUUACGCCGCUGGAAAGCUCAUGCAGUCGGACUUCAAUGAGCGAAAUGGACAUGCUCCAGGAAAUUUCUACUCGAAAAUCGCAACAAGCAAAGACUGGACUGCCGAGAGUGCAUUCAUAAACGGUGCGGAGGAGCACAACAACGUCAGAAGGAUCGAACUCAAAUCUGAAAGGCAGGCUGAGAUACCACGAGAGAAGCACAUUCGUCCCCCCUCGGUUGCGAAUCCACCGAAAUCUUGGUGGGAGCAUCUAAAGUUAUUGUUUACUGGUUAG